AUGGAGAAAGGUGGUGCUUCUCUUAUAGAGAAGAAAGUUGAGCAGCAAGUGCUGCGGGCGCUGCAGGAGAAAGAAGCAGCAAUAGAUGCUGCGCUGCAGCAGCAGCAGCAGCAGCAGCAGCAGCAGCAGCAGCAGCAGAAGCAGCAGCAAGGGGGAGAAUAUAAACAUCAGCAGCAAAAGGGAGAAGAAGACCCAGAUGAAGAACUAGAAAGGCUAAGACAACAAAGAAAAAAACAGCUGCAGCAGCAGCAGCUGCUGCUGCAGCAGGGCCACGGAAAUAUAAAUGAAAUAUAUGAAGAAAAAGAGUUCUUCUCUAUAGCCAAACAAACCCCCCUCGUCGUAAACCCUAAACCCUAA